AUUUAAUUUCAACUCCACGUAACUAUCUCAAACAAAAUGGAUCCUAAAGACGAUGAAAUAGUUAGUGCACCUAUUGAAGAAAAGAAUACAGGCUCAGUUGAGAAUGAUGUUCCAUCUGGUGCCCCAGAAGUACCACCACCUGUCGUCAAUAUUCCAGCUGCUCCAAAGCCAAAACCUAAAAAAGCUCCAGAGCUGCCUAUAUUUGAGAGAAGGAACUGGUUGAUACACCUCCAUUAUGUAAGAAAAGAGUUUGACAUCUGUAAAUCCAUCAUCAAGGAAGGCCUAGCUGAAAGUGGUGGGAUGUGUGAAUAUGCGGUCUACACUCAAGCACUGGUUCUGAGACAGGAGGGGAGGAUCCAGGAAUCCUUAGAGCUAUUCCAGACUUGUACACUACUGAACCCACAGAGUGCUGACAACCUUAAACAGGUGGCUCGAUCACUAUUUCUUUUGGCUCGACACAAAGCUGCCGUGGAGUUAUACAAUGAGGCUGCUAAGCUGAGCGACAGAGAUUGGGAAAUAGCACAUAAUCAAGGAGUUUGUUACAUGUAUCUUAGAGACUACAAAAUGGCAAAAGAUUGUCUCAGCCAAGCAUUGUCUUUCAAAAGACAUGAAAUUUCUUAUGUGAUGCUGGGGAAGAUUCACCUAAUGGAGGGCAAUAUAGAAGCAGCCAUUGAGAUUUAUAAACAGGCCGUGGAGUAUUCUCCAGAAAAUCCAGACAUGCUGACAACAUUGGGACUUCUAUACAUGCAGGUUGGUCAGUACCAAAAAGCAUUUGAAAAUCUUGGUAAUGCCAUGACCUAUGACCCUUCACAUGUCAAGGCCAUAAUGGCAGCUGGGAGCAUGAUGCAGACACAUGGUGAUUUUGAUGUGGCACUGAACAAAUAUAGGAUUGCAGCAGUAGCAACCCCUGAGAGUCCUCCGUUGUGGAAUAACAUUGGGAUGGCUUUCUUUGGCAAGAAGAAAUAUGUUGCUGCAAUUAGCUGCCUGAAGCGUGCUAACUAUAUGGCCCCGUUUGACUGGAAGAUUCUUUAUAAUUUGGGAUUGGUCCAUCUCACUAUGCAGCAGUAUGCGUCUGCUUUCCACUUCCUCAGUGCAGCCAUUAACUUGCGUCCCAAAAUGGCUCAGUUAUUUAUGCUCCUGGGAGUUGCCCUGACUCAUUUGGAGGACCCUGACAACGCAAGGAAGGCAUAUGAACAGGCUGUAACUCUGGAACAGAAAGACCCUGCAAUGAGUCUCAACUUUGCAAUAUUUUUGCACAACACUGGUGACAAAAGUGCAGCUCUGAAAAAUUACAAGGAAUUUGAGAGUAGAUACAGAAUCAUGAAGACAACCAAUCCAAAUGCAGGGGAUCAGGAGAUGCAGGAUGCAGCUCAGAAACUAGGAACUGUUCUACAAGUUGGUGAAAGUCUGGUGUGGAAUGAAGGGGCCGGGAAAGGAACCACCCCGUCAGAGAAAGCAGAGCCUGAUAGACCAGCAACCACCAGUGGAGUCAGUCUCCCUCCCACAGUCAAGUCCCCCAUGGAUCGUGAGCAAAUUGCCACUCCCAUAAUACCCCCUUAUUAUCCUUACGAGGAUGAGAAGGGUCCCAGUCGCAUGGGGGAGACUCCUCUUCCCCCAACCAGAGGCCUCACCACUAUGAAAACUGAAUUUGAAUUUAAAUCACAGCACAGUGACUUGGAAAACCUUCCCAACCCCCCUGAUGGACCCCCCUCAUAUGAUGAUGCAAUGAGUGGAGGGAUCAAAGAAGAGGAAAAUGAGGAGGAUUUUGUUCACCCCCCACCAUCAUGACUACCUGUGGCAGAGUGUCACAUGGAUCUGUGAUUCUUUUUAUACCCCCGCUCCGAAGGAGAGGGGGGUAUACUGUUUUACCCUUGUGUAUCUGUCUGUCCAUCCGUUUGUGUGUCUGUCUGUCCGUAACAAAUUUUGGUCGCAGUUUUCUCAGCAACUACUCAUUCCAGAUGCUUGAAAUUUUAGCAUACUCUUUGUUUAGGCAUGCCAUAUGGUGGGAUUCAUUUUUUUACAAUUCCGAUGUCAACUUCCUGUUUAUCCGUGCGUCUGUUCGUAGCAUACAUAACAAAUAUUGGUCGCAGUUUUCUCAGCAACUACUCAUCACAGAUGCUUGAAAUUUUAGCACAACCUUUGUUUAGGCAUGCCAUAUGGUGGGAAUCAUUUUUGUAUGAAUCGGAUGUCAAUUUCCUGUUUAUGCAUCUGUCCAUACCAUACAUAACAAAUUUGAGUGGUAGUUUUCUCAGCAACUAAUCGCAGAUGCUUGAAAUUUUAAAACACUCUAUGUUUAGGCAUGCUAUAUGUUGGGAUUCAUUUUUGUACAAAUCAGAUGUCAAUUUUCUAAUUAUCACUGUGUCUGUCCAUAAGUGAGCUUGUGUAUUCACAUCGGAGUGGGAGUAUUAUUAGAGAGCACUGGCUCACAGACUUCUUGUUUUUUUUUGUUUUUUUUUGUUUUUGUUUUUUUUUAUAUUUAAAUCUGUGGAUCUGUGAUUCUUAAGCGAGAUAAUUGUCACAUGUUUACACUGAAUCUUGUAGCAGUGAUAGCUCUUCAGCUAAUUUUUUUGUGAUGUAAAGAAUUAUGUUGUUUUGUGUAUUUCAAGAGAUUAUUAAAACAUCAUUAUGCAUGAUGCUUUCUUAUGCUUUACAGGUAAAUGAUCAGUAUCAAGGAGCAGUGCAUUAUAAUAUUUGUAUGCACUAAGAGAAUUGUGCAAAAUGAUUUUCAUCGGUUGUUUACUUUUGUCAUAUUUUUACAGAAAAGUGCUUUGCAUAUUAAAUCUACAAAGAAAUAUGCAUAUGCCAUAAUUUUUAAUGCCCAUAUCUGUAAAUUAGCAAAUAUGUAUUCAUAUUAGAAUAUAAAUUCAAAAUGUAAUUUUUGCUUUUGAAUCAGGGUUUAUUCUUAAAAGCAUAACCAGUAGUAAUUCAGGACUGUGUUGUUGUUUUUUUACUGCAUAUGACCUUUUCAAAAUUAAAUUGAAGAAGAGUGAACCCAUCUAAUUUUAUUACUCCAAUACAAGUUGGCAAGAAGUUUGAUUUAUACUAUCAUUGUAAUUGGAUAUUGUAUAACCAUGUGUGUAUCCAUGGUUACAAAAGGUUAAUGAAUAAAUAUUCCAAGAGAAUGUAAAUGUCCAUCCAUUUCCAAUAAAACUAGGAUAAUUUCAUA